UUGAAUGAUGCUUAGGUGCAGUAUUAAAAUAAUUGUGCUUGAGUUUGUGGAUAAUGAAUAGAUAUUACAGUCGAAGAUCUAUGAACAUCAGUGUUAAUACCUUAUGUUACCUUACAAACAUGGUUUAUACGUCAGGUACCUUACCUAAUUGACCAAUCUCAGUCCUCGGCUGCAAUUUUGAAAUCCAUGUGAUAGGCUAAUGGCUGAUAAGGCUGCUACACCGUAUAAUGUGAUCAAAUUAGUUUUUCUCCUCAUUCAUCCAUUUGAAUAUCUGUCAAACAGCUCUUAGAAUACAGAUAAAGAUUUCUUUCUAUUUUACAGAUAUUAAUUUGAGAAAACGCAAAGUUUUUUUUUGAAGAGGUUGUGCCGCGCAGGAGGAUGCGGGGUGGACCUUCCAGACCACCGCCAGCACAACCUCAGCCGCCUCCACCCCCGCCCCCACAACCGCAGCCGCCUCCACCCCCGCCCCCACAACCGCAGCCGCCUCCACCCCCUCCACCUGUACCACGGCCCACAGGUGCUGCAAAGAGGAAGAUGAGCGGCGAGAACCACGAGAGCGGUGAGGCAAAAAGGCAGCGGAAUGAAUCGCCUCGCCGUCGUUCAUGGCCAAUUCCAGGUCCGCCGUGCCGAACACCUCUGCGAGGGCCAGCACCGCCAGCCGCAGGGCCGCCCCCACCGCCUCCACCGCAACCGUCUCUCCCGCCCCCAGCACCACCCCAGCCAAGUAAGUGA